GCCAGUUUUGAGUCAUUUGAGUGUAUCCGCUCGAGCUCGACGAAUCAUUGCAGGUGGUGCUGUGAUAUCAUACCCAUGUGACCGUCUGACAGUGUGUGUUCCGCCCUGUCCCUUUUUCCCGCAGUGUUAGUAUCCACGAAUGUACAGCCACAUGGAUCAGAUCAGGCCAGGCGUGUCCGUAUUUCUCUCCGUCGACCGACCCACCCAUCCACCCAUGCCUUUCCUCACAGGCAUACGCCAGAAAAUAACACGUGCUGCAGAGUAGUCAUCGAUGGAUGGUGACAGAGCAGUCAUCGAUGGAUGGUGACAAUGGAAUGGCAGCUUGGGUGCGACGAACGGCGUCUGUCGGCUCAGCGUCCCCUUUUUCGGGCGCCGCACAGACAAACGCUGACACACCAUCCACAGCCGCCUGACUGACUGAUUGACUGACCGUGCCGUGUCACAAAACAAACAAGGAAAAGUACCGGCCUGACAGACCGAAGAAUGCACAUACGUACACACACGCACAUACGUACAUACGUAGACACAUGCAUACAGACAGACAUGCAUACAUACACGCGUAUGUACACACGUACAUACGUACAUACAGACAUGCAUGCACACGUACACACAUGCAUACAUACAUGUAGCACGAGGGACACAGCGAGACAAAUAACUCUACCGAAUUAAGUGCCGUGCGGGGAUGCUGAUCGGCAGGUAGCCAGGUAGAUGGCACACGACCAUAGAAAGUAACUCACGGGCUGACGCAUCACGGAGGUCAGUCAGUCGAUAGAAAGAUCGGCACAGCUUGAUCAGCACAAUUUAAUGGCCGACACCCAGCCGUUAAAAGGGUCGAACCUGGUAGCCACUGACUGGUUUACAUUGCUCUUAUGACCUGUAGGCGAGAGAGAGAGAGACAGACGGAUCCAUGAACGCACACAGAAAGAAGGAACGAAGAGAGAGACAGACACAGAGGUGCAAUCAAACUGAGGCUCGUGUGUGUACGUAUGGCUCGUUCCGUAGCUAACAGAUGGACGGGCGCACCUUGCAAGUAGCAGGUGGUGCCGCCGUUUUUGUAGGUGUAGAAGCGGCACUUCUUCUUGUCGCGACACUUCUGCCUGCACUCCGCCUCAGUGUUGUAUUGCUUGGUAUCAAUGACCGCGCCAAAAAUAUAGGUGUUGUUUUUGCGGAGAAACGGGCACUUUCUCCGGUUCACAUCGCCCUCCGGAUCAACACUCAGCUCACCAGCUGCAUGCAGACCCAAGACAGAAAUUAUGUAGGUGCACACUCCCAAUCUGUACAUACAGUGGCCUUACGAAUGCUUGACUUAGCGGCCGUGAUGAUAUCCAUGAAGAAGGCGCACUCCUCGCGUGCCUGCUCAGCCGCGGGGCUGCGGAGGGAGCCUUCAUCUGCACCACACACACGAGCGAUGAGAACCAGGAACAUCGUCACGUGUAUGCACGCUGGCCGGGAUGCCCCACCUACCAGUCUUGAGGUCCCUGCAGGUCGUGAUUCUCUGCUGGGCAGCUGAAGCCUCCUCAGGGUGUUUUUCGGCCCAAGAAUGGUCACAGGCGGACCAUUUGCAUUCGUUUUUCCAGCAGUUCCAAUCGAACAGAGGGCACUCCCAGCAGCACUUCUCAUCUGGCUUCUCUGCAGCAGCCAGAAAGGAACACACAAGACACAAGACAGACAUUCGAGCUAGCGAAUGACCUUGUGUGCAUUGCUGCACCACCCACCAGUCGUGGUGGGCGGCUCCUCGGCUGGUUCCUCGUCGGCGUCGUCCUGUCUGGUGCUCUCGUCAUCGGUGCACGCGGAGAACGAACACUCAUACUUCCAGCACUGUCAUCAGUGUCAUCAGCAGCCACACAAGACACACACCGUCUCCUCAUUGCAUGGUCGCACCCACCCCACCCACCUGCCAAUCGAAGAGCCUGCAGUCCCAGCAGCACUUAUCCUUGGGUGGUUUCGCUGCAGCACAACAGCAUAAGAAACGACCGACCAGGACAGCACACACGCACACACACACACACACACACCAGACAAACAGGCGGUGACAAGUCAGGUCUGGCUGCAGAUGGUCCUACGAGUGGUGGUUUCGGUCGUGUCACCGUCUCCAUUGUCACCGUCUCCAUUGUCACCGUCUCCAUUGUCACCGUCAGUGCCGUCAGUGCCGUCAGUGCCGUCAGUGCCGUCGCCUGGCUCGGGGUCGCCAUUCUGGAGCCGACGUGCAGGCACGCCGGCACGAGGCACUUCCUGUGCCGCCGCCAAGGCGAGCAGGCCGAUAAGGGCAAGGGCGAAGAGGGUCCUCAUCGUGGUGACGAUCUGGCGGGGAGUUCGAAAGGAUGAACAGAAAACUUGAACUUCACGAAGGAGAGAUCUGUACGGAGACGGUAACGAAGACGUUACGGAAAC